GCUGCGAGACAGCGCGGAGUGUGUUGGUGUCUGUUCCAGCUUUAAGGAUGUUGUUACUCGUGAUAAAACGUGAUUUAUACUUUUCUAAUAGAAUCUUCUGGAGUGACUGAGAACAUUCAGAAGCUUGUAUCCUCGCACGUCACUAUAGCCUUCACCAGACCUCUUAGUUGACACAGACAACAGCAAGAUAAAAACGGAACCCGAAAACCUAGACACUGACCAAACAAGAUGACGUCAAACAAGCCGCUAGGUGCCGCUGUAUUCGGAGUUGGAAGGAUUGGCCAGGUCCAUUUGAAAAACAUGGUGGACAGUGGUCGGCUCAUCAUCCGGUGGUUGGUGGAUAUCCCGGCACAGCACGGGCUAAUGGCGGAAAUGAUAAAGAGGCACAGACUGACUGGCGAAACUCAGAUAUCAGAUAUCGAGAGCAGCCAAAAGGUGUUAUCGGAUCCCAGAGUUGAUGUCGUCAUAAUAUGUACCCCGACUCCCACGCACUAUGACAUCAUAAAAAGGGCGUUAACUGCUGGAAAACACGUGAUGUGUGAGAAACCACUAACCUUGACAAUCUCAGACACAAAGGACUGCUAUGAACUGGCGAGGAAAGAGAAAAAGAUACUUUUCUGUGCUUAUAAUCGACGGUUUGACAAACAGUUCCAUACUCUGUAUCAAAGAUACAAGAGAGGCGACAUUGGAAAUCUACGAGUGGUCAAAUUCACCAGCAGAGAAGGGGGACAGAGCAAACAAUACCUACAGAACAACAAAAGUAGGAUCUUUCUGGACAUGGCGAUUCACGACAUCGACUACAUCUGCUGGUUAGUGGGAGAAAGACCCUCCUCUGUCUGUGCUUUUGGCUCCAUUUCUUCUGACAACGCCGAGCUUUAUCAAACCUUUGAUGAUGUUGACUGUGUGACCGCCAUUUUGAAUUUUCCAAAUGGAGUGAUGGCACAAAUGGAAGAUACUCGAGAAGCAAAUAUUGGUUAUGAACAGAAAGUGGAGGUCCUAGGAACCAAAGGUUUGAUUCAGACACAGAAUAUGAAAACCAGUGAGCUGUGCACAAUUACCCAGAAUUCCUGUCAGUCGGAAGCACUUCUAGGGACGUUCUUUGACCGAUAUAAGGAUAGUUUCCCUACAGAAUUAAACCAUUUUGUCGAUGUCAUAGAAGGUAAAGAAGAAAUUCUCGUCUCUGCAGAAAGCUGUAUAAUAGCUAUGGAGGUCUCAGAGGCCUUAAGUGAGUCUCUGAAAACUGGAAACAUCGUUAAGUUGUGAAAAACUGACAACUGUUUUAUGAUGAAUUGUCAUACGUACUGUGCUACAUUUACUACUAGUACUAAUGGGUGAUUUGUUUUAUAAUCAUAUAUAUUACAUAUCUAUUAGAAUCCACAUUGCAUAAAACUGUGUUCAUCUUGUGAUACUGGCUUGGAAACACAUUUGUGGCUGCCCUAGCCUCAGAGUUCCUAUCACGUAAAGGGUCACUUAAACCUUCAACCAAAUUUCUUGGUCAAAUAUCAAGAUCAUAACAGGCACAACGAAACAUGUAUUUAUAUCUUGAAUACUUUUCAGACCAUAUUUUCUCUCUCGCUCAAGCUUUACCAAAAUAUAUUUAGGUAAGGGUUGUAAUGUGACAUUAAACCAAGUAUUAAAUUCAAACGUCAAGAUCAUGGCAAAUAAGCUGUGGCCU